CACGCCGUCAGUCUGCUGAACUCACCCGCCGACGCACACACGUAUACAAACGCGCGCCGCUGCGGUGCGACCGGUGACGGACGUUACACAACAACACAACUGUUAUUACACGAUGGCCUCGUAUUCGUUCGACGCGGAGUCUUUCAUCAACGAGAUCAAGAACCAGCCAUACAUAUGGAACUACGAAGGAAACAAGUUUAGGAGCAAGAGGGAAAAAGCGUGGAUCAAGGUUGCAAGGGUGUUUAUCAGUGAUUUUGAUAAUUUGGGCGAAGCUGAGCAGCACGAUGUUUUUCGCAAACUGCAAAGCAAAUGGCGGAAUCUGCGCGAUAAUUACGUAAAGUCAAUCAAACGGAACAAUAAGGAAUAUACGUACGCGAAGAAACUGGCUUUUCUGGACGACGUAUACAACGCCCGGAAAGCAAAGAAAAGAAUCCAACCGGGCUCUGACAACUCCAGCGAUGACGAACGAAACAAGACCACCGAAGCUGACACCCCCAAUAGUGACGAGGAGAUACUCUCAACGAUAGAUAACUUGAAGCGGAGAAGAAUCGAGAGAGUAGACGCAGUAGACCACGACGGUUCGUUAUGUCGCGAAUUAGAUACAGAAAAUAUUGUCAGCGAUGACGAUAGAGCUUUCUUUGACUCUCUCGUGCCUAUCCUACGAGAGUUCAAUAUAGACCAGAAGUUGGAGUUUCGGAGUGAGGUGUUAAAGUUGGUGAAAUAUAUCAGAAAUACUCCGUUUAUAGGUGUUAAAAAUGAAACUAUAGAGUUCGUUUGCAGUGAAUAGAUUUGUACCAUAGAUAGAUAGAAUCUACUGAGGAUUACCAGCAUAAAAUUAACCAUACCUACAGCAGAACGAAAAAGCAACUUCAGAGUAAACAUUAGCAGUGAUUUUUUCAAUUUUAUUUUAAGUUUUCGACUGUUUUCUCCUUGGGUUUAUUUUUUCAAAUAAGAUCUACAUUAUUACAAUUUUUGCUUUUUUAAUAUUUUUUUGUAAGUUAACAUUAGUGGCUGAACUAAUUAAAUAGGCGGCAAACAGAAGCAUAGAAUAUAAAUUCGGCAACAAGCAAGCUGAAUAUUAAUAUAUGUCUGACACAUGAUGUUACAUUCUUCUUAUUCGUUUCUCAGAAUUUUGCCUUUUGAAGGAGAAAAUAGUAGAGAACGAAACCUCAAUUUUUAAGGUAUUUAUAAAGGAUUUAGUUAAAGUUGCAGUUUUGUCCCAUCUUAUAAUUCUUAAAUGUGACUAAGGUGGCUCCUGAUAGCAGCACGUUCCCUCUACUUCUAUCAUGUUCGAGAUUAAUUUUACAGCUGGAUCGGGAACACUCAGUGUAUUCUCUACGUCUAUGUUAUAAACUAAGUUAUAAUAGUAUCGUGAGACUGUAUUUUCAUUCCUGACUUUGUUGCCUAGUCCUAAAUAUUAUUAUAUAAGAAAGAUUGUUUUAUAAACUGGU